ACUGUGCAAAGACUGCAAGAAGCGACCGACCGGCGGGGGAGGCAGGCAAGGCAAAGGAAAGGACAGGGGGGAGUUUAGGCUGUGUCCCGUAUUUGGAAUAAGCAAGACAGACCACAGCUUUCCUCUUGACGUGAAACGAGCUCCUCUGUAACCUUCAAAAAAAAAGGACCCGUAUUUUUGACGGCCAACUUAGCGCUGUUGGAACUCUUGAACUAACCGACGUUUUGAACUGUGAAGAAACUAAAGACAUUUGGUUUCUGGACGAAGAAUGGGAUUUAAAGAACAUAUCUGCCAACACUGAGUUGUGAAAACAAGGGAAUAUUUUCCAGUUGGAUGAAAAAUAACCACACUGUCGAAAGGGAUCAAAUUCAUUUGAGCGGUGUUGACACUUUGCGUAUUGUAUGUCAACUCCUGUGGGAAAAGGGGCAACGAUGGCAUUGAGGGACGAGGAAAAGUAACGUUAACGUUAGCUAACGCUGGCUAGCUAAACCGCUAACCUAGCAGGCUGCUAACUAAGCCUGUGUCGCCCUUCCAUUCCUGGAGCAGAGGAGGGGCGCUGGGGCUUUGUAGCAUUGCAGAUCUGCCUUGCUUUUUUGGGUUGCUGCAAGAAUGGAGAAUCCCAAACAUAUGCCACAACAACUCAGGGGGAUCUGUUGAACCGCAUCCACUCGAUUAGCCUCCAUUUACCACACAGAGAAGAGCAGAAAACUGCCAGCUAACGUUGGGAAUUCAUCAAAAUCAGCCGGCCCGGGGCAGCCAGGGUCUGUAAUUGUGACUAGCGUUACUUCUUUUCGUAUGUGCCCUGUGGGGAUAGGUGUUAUAAAAUGGGGAUGCGCUACACGUCUUAUUCACCUCUUAGAUACUGGAUCCCGAGAGGGGGUCAUGAAUAGGUCGCCUUUAACGCGGAAUUAGCCCCGGCUAGCCCUCGACUCAAAAGUUUGGUUAUUUUUCUAGACAUAUUCAAGGUGACAGAACUUCUUUACAGGCCCCUCUGCGCUAACUAACAGGCCGAGGAGGUGUUUGCUCAUUUCGCCUGCCCCCCACCUCCUUCUCCUUCAUCAUCAUUACUUCUAAAACCAACAAGCCGGAAUAAUCAUGUCGGGAGAGGUGCGUUUGAAGAAGCUGGAGAAGCUGAUCCUGGACGGGCCAGCUCAGUCUAAUGGCCAGUGUCUGAGCGUGGAAACGCUGCUGGACAUCCUGGUCUGCCUGUACGAUGAAUGCAACAACUCCCCGCUCAGAAGAGAGAAAAAUAUCCUGGAGUUCUUGGACUGGGCUAAACCCUUCACUUCCAAAGUGAAGCAGAUGCGCCUGCACAAGGAAGACUUUGAGAUCCUUAAGGUUAUUGGACGAGGAGCCUUUGGAGAGGUUGCAGUCGUAAAAGUGAGAAACACUGACAAGGUAUUCGCCAUGAAGAUUCUCAACAAAUGGGAGAUGCUGAAGCGAGCAGAGACGGCGUGUUUUCGGGAGGAACGAGAUGUGUUGGUAAAUGGGGACUGCCAGUGGAUCACCACCCUGCACUAUGCCUUCCAGGACGACAAUAAUCUGUACCUGGUCAUGGACUACUAUGUGGGCGGUGAUCUUCUGACUCUGCUUAGUAAGUUUGAGGACCGGCUGCCGGAGGAGAUGGCCAAGUUCUACCUGGCUGAGAUGGUGCUGGCCAUCGACUCGGUUCACCAGCUACACUAUGUCCACAGGGACAUUAAGCCCGACAACAUAUUGUUGGAUAUGAACGGCCAUAUCCGCCUGGCUGACUUCGGCUCCUGCCUCAAACUCAUGGAGGACGGGACGGUCCAGUCCUCUGUGGCGGUGGGGACUCCAGACUACAUCUCCCCAGAAAUCCUCCAGGCUAUGGAGGAUGGGAAAGGCAAGUACGGACCUGAGUGCGACUGGUGGUCCCUGGGCGUCUGCAUGUAUGAAAUGCUGUAUGGCGAGACUCCUUUCUAUGCAGAGUCCCUGGUGGAAACCUAUGGGAAGAUCAUGAACCACAAGGAGCGGUUCCAGUUCCCGCAGCAGAUAACAGAUGUGUCGGAGGACGCAAAGGAUCUGAUUCGUCGGCUCAUUUGCAGUCGAGAGCACCGAUUGGGCCAGAAUGGCAUUGAGGACUUCAAGCACCACCCCUUCUUUACUGGCAUUGAUUGGGAAAAUAUACUUGUGUGUGAGGCUCCGUACAUCCCAGAGGUCAGCAGUCCUACAGAUACCUCCAACUUUGAUGUGGAUGAUGACUGCCUAAAGAACUCGGAGACGAUGCCCCCUCCAUCUCACACUGCUUUCUCUGGCCACCACCUGCCCUUUGUGGGUUUCACCUACACAAGUAAAUGUACGCUAUCUGACCGGGGUUGCCUGCGACAGCUGGCAGUACAGCCUGGUAAGGCAGGUCAGGAACAGGUGGACCUGGAUGUCCAGCGCGGCCUGGAGGACAGCCUGGCCACUGAGGCCUACGAGAGGAGGAUCCGCCGCCUGGAGCAGGAGAAACUAGAGCUGAGCCGUAAACUGCAAGAGUCGACUCAGACAGUGCAGGCCCUGCAGCACGCGACAGGCGAGGGCCCUCUCAGUGCCAACAAGGAGGUGGAGAUCAGGAGUCUGAAAAGUGAGAUUGACAUCCUCAAGAAGCAGAUCGCUGAAUCAGGCCAACUUGAGAAGCAGCUCGAGGACGUGACGUCGGCCCGCAGGGACCUGGAGGACACAUCGAAACACAUCAAGACUCUGGAGAAACAGAUGAAAAGUGUUGCACAGGAGAGGGAUGACCUGCACAAGGAUUUUCUGGAGAUCAAUGAGAAGCUGAAGUCUCAGUCAAAAGAGCUGAAGGAAGCCCACAGCCAAAGAAAACUGGCCAUGCAGGAGUUUUCUGAGCUUAACGAGAGACUCACAGAACUCAGGUCUGCGAAGCAGCGCCUGGCUCGCCAGCUGCGUGACAAGGAGGAGGAGAUGGAGAGCCAGAGUCAGAAGGUUGAGGCUCUCCGCCUUGAGGUGCGAAAGGCUGAGAGGGCCAAGAAGGAGAUGGAGGCACAGGCGGAGGAGCAGACGGCGGAGGCUCAGAAAGAGAGGAAGCUGAGAGAGCGCAGUGAGCAGUUUAGCCGACAGCUGGAGGAGGAGUUGGAAGGGCUUAAACUGAAGCAGGCCGGCUCCUCUUCCGCCCCUGCCUCCGCAGACCAGACCCAGGAGAUGGGACGCCUGCGGGGAGACCUGGAGAAGAAAACGCUCCUGUACGAGGAGGAGUUGGCACGCAGGGAAGCGCAGCAUAGCAGCGAGCUGAAGGCCCUGCGCAAGGAGCUGCGGGAUGCUGAGAGCCAACACCUCGCCCUGCAGAAAGAGAUCCUGAUGCUCAAAGACAAGCUGGACAAGACUCGCCGUGAGAGCCAAAGCGAGCGGGAAGAGUUUGAGACAGAGUACAAGGAGAAGUACGAGAGGGAGAGAGUCCUGCUUACUGAAGAAAAUAAGAAGCUGUCCAGUGAACUGGAUAAGCUGACCAGCAUGUUUGAGAAGAUGAGCACCUCUAACAGGCAGCUGGAGGAUGAGAUGAGGGAGCUGGCUGACAAAAAGGAGAGUGUAGCUCACUGGGAGGCCCAGAUCACAGAAAUCAUCCAAUGGGUGAGUGAUGAGAAGGAUGCUCGGGGCUACCUGCAGGCUCUGGCCACGAAGAUGACAGAAGAGCUGGAGGGACUGAGAAACACCAGUCUGGGAGCGAGAGCCACGGACAUGCCGUGGAAGAUGCGGCGCUUCGCCAAGCUGGACAUGUCAGCCCGUCUGGAGCUGCAGUCGGCCUUGGACGCUGAGAUCAGAGCCAAGCAGAGCAUCCAGGAUGAACUGAACAAGGUCAAGGCCAACAACAUGUCCACAGAAUGUAAACUGCAGGAUGUGGAAAGUAAAAACCAGGAGCUCCUGGCUGAGAUCGACAGGCUUAAGAAAGAGACAGAGGAGCUGCGGCUACGAAGGGGUGUCAAGCACCAGGAUUCCCAGAAUUCCUUCUUGGCUUUUCUCAAUGCCCCCACCUCAGCGCUAGACCAGUUUGAUCGCUCGCCAUCCAUUGGCCCAGCUAGCAAAGGCAGACGUGUGGACUCUAUGGAUAACUUUACCCCCUCCAACACGCCAUCCCGGGAAGAUGACCCUAAAUCCCACCUCAAGUCCCGCUCGCGUUCACCCUCUAUGGCUAGUGACGUGGAGCCCAUAGAGUUGAUAGAUCAUCCUCCUCGCACAGUCCAGACCCCAACCAUGCGCUCAGGAGGGUACGGCAGUAUUGGACGCUCCUCACCUAAGCCCAAAGCACAUCAGUUUGUGGUGAAGUCAUUCAACACGCCCACAAAGUGCAACCAGUGCACUUCCCUCAUGGUGGGGCUCAUACGUCAAGGUUGUACCUGUGAAGUGUGUAACUUCUCCUGCCAUGUAACAUGUGCGGACAAAGCUCCAGCUGUGUGUCCCGUGCCUCAGGACCAGACUAAGGGCCCGCUGGGUAUUGACCCUCAGAGGGGAAUUGGUACCGCUUAUGAAGGGCACGUCAGGGUGCCCAAACCGACAGGGGUGAAGAAGGGUUGGCAGAGGGCGAUGGCUGUGGUGUGUGACUUCAAACUGUUCCUCUACGAACUGGGAGAAGGAAAAGCCACGCUACCAAGUGUAGUAGUCAGCCAAGUCAUAGAUAUGAGGGAUGAAGAGUUUUCAGUCAGUUCUGUCCUGGCCUCUGAUGUCAUCCACGCCAGCCGCAAAGACAUCCCCUGUAUAUUCAGAGUGACAGCGUCCCAGCUCUCCCCCUCCAGCAGCCACAAGCCCUCCAUCCUGAUCCUGGCCGACAGCGAUCAGGAGAGGAACAAAUGGGUGGGCCUCCUCAACGAGCUCCACCGCAUCCUCAAGAAGAACAAGCUCAAGGAGCGCUUCGUCUACGUGCCCAAGGAGGCUUACGACAGCACCCUGCCGCUCAUCAAGACAACACAGUCUGCUGCUAUCAUAGAUCACGAGCGUGUCGCCCUGGGCAACGAGGAAGGCCUUUUUGUCAUCCAUGUCACCAAAGAUGAGAUAAUCCGGGUGGGUGACAACAAGAAGGUGCACCACAUCGACCUGAUCCUACAGGAGCAGCUGCUGGCGGUCAUCUCCGGCAGGAACCGCCACGUCCGUCUCUUCCCCACGCAGGCCCUGGACGGCCGCGAGACUGAGUCCUACAAGCUGGCUGAGACAAAGGGCUGCCACAGCAUUGUCUCAGGCCCCGUCCGCAACGGCUCGCUCACCUGCCUCUGCGUGGCCAUGAAGAGGCAAAUCAUAUGCUACGAGGUGAACAAGAGUAAAACACGUCACCGUCGGCUGCGAGAGGUGCAGGCCCCGGGGCAAGUUCAGUGGAUGGGUCUGCUUAGCGAGCGUCUAUAUGUAGGAUAUCAGUCUGGCUUCACCCGCUACAGUGUCCAUGGUGACAUGUCCCCUGUUAACCUCCUCCACCAUGAGGACCACACCCUGGCCUUCAUCCCGCAGCAGGGCCUGGAUGCCCUCUGUGCCGUGGAGAUUUCCAGCAAAGAGCUGCUCCUUUGCUUCAGCUCCAUAGGAGUAUAUGUGGACUCCCAGGGCCGCAGGUCCCGUCAGCAGGAGCUGAUGUGGCCAGCUGUUCCCAUCGCUGCCUGCUACAACGCCCCCUACCUGUCAGUGUACAGUGAGAACGCUGUUGAUGUGUUUGAUGUCAACACCAUGGAGUGGAUUCAGACCAUCCCUCUCAAGAAGGUGCGACCUCUGAACGUUGACGGCUCUCUGAACCUGCUGGGACUGGAAACAGUCCGGCUUAUCUACUUUAGAAACAAGAUGGCCGAGGGUGAUGAGCUGGUUGUCCCGGAGACGUCAGACAACAGCAGGAAGCAGAUGGUGCGCAGCAUGAACAACAAGAGACGCUUCUCCUUCAGGGUGCCUGAGGAGGAACGACUUCAGCAGAGGAGAGAGAUGCUGCGAGAUCCAGAGAUGAGGAACAAGCUGAUCUCCAACCCCACCAACUUCAACCACGUGGCCCACAUGGGACCAGGAGACGGGAUCCAGAUCCUUAAAGACCUGCCCAUGAACGUCCGUGUUCAGGAGAGCCGCGCGGGCUUCAGUGGUUCAGUCAGCAUCCCCUCCAUCACCAAGAACCGGGCCGAGCCGGGCCGUUCCAUGAGCGCCAGCAGCGGACUGGGCAUACGCUCAUCCUCCCAGAAUGGCAGCGCUCUGCGCAGAGAGAUGUCAGGGGGAAGCUACGGAUCCAAGCGGCAGACCAUGACCUCUCCCUCUGAGAGCUCCCUGUCCUCUGGCGGAGGCAUGGACUGUGGCGAUGCUCCGCUCUCCCAGUUUGACAGAGAGUGGCAGGCAGUCUCACCAUCGGAGAAGACCCCCGAUCUGAAAAGGGCUUUAAGGACCCUGCUUAGUAAGAUGAAGGACUCGGACUCUCCCCGUCACUCCACGGCCUCCAACAGCUCCACCUUCAGCAGCCCUCCCAGUCCGGCCUCCCCACACAAGACCAAGUCCCUGUCCCUGGAGAGCACAGACCCGAUGGGCUGGGACACAUGAGCCUCCGGCAGCCUCUCGCCCGCCCAUCCCCAACCGACCGACUGCCGACUGACCGACCAACAGCACAGGACUCCAAACCCUCCUCUUCCUCCUCCACCGCAGCCUCUCACAUCCUUUCUGAAUACUUCCCCUCACUGCCCAGAGAACUGCACCUCCUGAUGAACAUUUGUCCCCCUUUACGGCGUCAAUUUGUCUCCCGUCGUUCUUCCAAGACGGGGCAGAAACACUAAAGAGUCUGCCGUCUCUUUGAGGGAGAAGUUAUCAAGAGUUAGUGGUAGUGUCCAUGUGGGUGCUGAUGUUUGAGGGUGCAAAUGUGUGUAUGUGUGCGCGCUUGCCAGCGUGUGUGCAUGUGUUUAUUCAGAAAGGGCAUAUGAUAUAGGAAUGACGACCCCCCCCCCCCCUGUUUUUUGCUAUCAACCGAAGCUUCGAGCUUCGCCGACACUACUCUGUCCACCGCUCACCCCGAUUCAUUGAGAGACUCUGAAACCUCACAAUGCAACAAAAAGAGAAGAGGAUUAUUAUUGAGAGAAAAUGAUUUGUACUUGUACAUAGGACCCUUUCGGUUUUAGGGGACAAUAUUUUAAUUUAUUUAUCAAUCUUAGACAAGGAGAGGGAGGUUUUGCUUCAUGGCCUGAAUCAGACGGAUGGAGUUUAAACCUCUCCUCACUUCCCUCAUUUGCUUUCUCUUUGGGUGCUGAAAAAAAAUUUAAAAUGUGAAAGGAAAAAAAAAAAAAGUGAGCGAGAAAGGAAAGCAAUGAAUAUUUUUUUUUUUUUGCUCAUACUAAGAUACUAAGUGCAGUGACUUUAUCAUAUUUUUUUAUUUUGACCAUCAGCGAAAGCUACAUGCAGCGAUAAUAAUGCCGGCUCAUAUGACAUCAUCACAGCUCCUCUGUGCUACUCUCUUCCUCAUUGGUUCAGCGCAAGUGACAUCACCCAGCCAAAACCCGGACGUGUCCUCCGCUGUAGUGUAGUCGCUCCACUUAGCUGUACAACCAAACCGACCAACUCACAGGUUCCCAUCACAAUAAUGUACAUAGGUUCAAAGUAGAGAGUAAUAUAUGAUAAGGAAAAUACUAUAGAGAACUACACAGGAAAGGAAAAAAAAUCCUCUUUGACUUUUAUUUUUUUUUUAUUUUGAGUGAUUUGGGGUUGUAUUCACACAAAAAGCCAUUUUAAACCACUUUCCAGUUUUCUUUUUUUUACCAAUUGAUUUUAAAUUUGUUUGUUUUAUAUUGUAUGUAUGACACGCGUUGUGUUAAAUUUUUUUUUUCUCCCCCCACUGUUUGCGUUUGAGUGACGAAAACCCUCAUAUGGAUCGACGCUACUUGCCCAUACUGUAGAGUGAACGCGUGCAUUUAUCACAAACCUCCUAUUACACAUUUAUCUGCGCACACACAUACUGAGGGUGGUGUUUUUUUUAUGCCUUGUCCUGCUCCUCCUCCUGACUGUUAGAGGAGAAGUGGCUCCGAUCAUUUAAUCAACAGCUAAUGUGUGUUUCUAAAUUCACUGUGGUACCCGGAUGGAGAGGACCAGUCCUUCCACUGAGCUUGAUUUAACCAAAAAUGGACAAAAAAGGGGGGACUUUGUGACUUAGUGUUGUGCUUCUGACAGAAAGUUGUGUUGAUCUGUUCAAAGCGACAUUUGUAUGAGCUCUUGAUUUCAAAAAAGGAAAAAGACACUAAUAUGAGAAUGUAAACACAAGCUGCAAGAAAGUCAGCACUUGGUUCCCGUUAAUCUUGAUACACUACAGUUAAAAUAACCUCAGUAAAAUUAACAGGGCUGGAGCACUAACCCCCCCUUCUCUAGGCGGGUUUUCUUUGGCAGAGUGGAAAGGCCUUUGAAAGAGCAUUUUAUGGUGUUGCAGCUCCUGGCUGCAGAGCAGGGCAUUCACAGCCAAAAACCUGUUACCUCUGUUCAUCUCCUUCAGUUUACAGACAGAUUGAAGGGCAUUUUACUUGAGGAAUCGCUCAAACUAUGUGCACGGAGCUGAGAACUGUCCUCACGUUAAAUACUAACUAAUGUAUAAUAACAACGCACAUCCUGUACUUAUACUGGCCUGUUGUCGGUGAUGGGAUGAGUGUACAGUAAAGUGUCCUGGGUCACAAUCAUCCAGUUUAUUCCGCUUGUCUUGUUUGUUAGAAAGGGAAACAAAAACAAGUACUUUAGUGGUCAUUCCUGCCUGUUGAAACACAACAAAGUAGCUCUAAACAACCCAUUCCAAGUGUUUUUUUUGUUUGUUUUUUUGUAUUCCGUUUUAUAUGAAGAGAGAGGGAGAGGUGUGGAGUGCCACAGCGCGACUAAGCUGGUUUUAUUCCAAACAGUCACCUCUUAGAAAUGUUUUAAGCGAGUGAGUGUCCUUACUUCCUGCUGGAGUUUCUGUAGAAUGUAUUAGAUUUGGAGAGGAAACUGUCUCAGCCAGGUGUUUUAUUAUUGGCCAAUAUUGUACAGAUAAACUGACCCUAGAUGUCCCAGUUUAAGGAGCGGGGGAAGAGAAACUCAGGAAAUGUCAGAACCAAUGAAUUCUUUUCAUUUAGAUGGAAAUGUUUGUUAGAGGUUUGAUGGGUGGCUGGAGUGAGUGAGGGAGAGGAGUGUGGCUGUGGUGUACAGUAGAUGUGACCCGGGUGGAGACAGCAGGGAGAAAAGGUGGCGAGGACUAGACGAUGUAAAGCGAUGUUUUCAGGGGUGAAGGGUGAAAGGUGCUUUGAUGGUUGAGGUGCCACAGUGGUAACAUUUGAGAGGAAGAUCUAAAAUAAAACUAUUCAAACGCCUUUGCAUUUCAGUGAGGUCUUAUCUACAGUACCUUCUAUAUUAUUUUGCUCUUUCAUAUCAUAUUACUUUGUUGUUUUUUUUUUUUCUAGGAUUGCUUUGUAAUAAUUUGUACAGUUUUGCAUGUUAUAGAUGUAAUCAUUUUGUUUUCGGUUUGUUUUACUUGGACUUGCUCCUUUUUGAACGGUUUGGGUGUUUUACUGAGGAUAACCCACUACAGGUGAUGUAGAUUCUUUUUUGCACAAAAAAUAUUUAAGGUGUAAGGUCAAAACAAAAUGUAUGGAACUGGCUGCCACACUUAUGUGGAGAACUCAUAUUAACCUGACUCCGAUGUAUUUCAAUAAAGCGGAGGGCUGUUACAAAUACAA